AUGGCAGACGAUAUAAGAGAUUCAAAUUCCAACCCUCGAGGUCCACCACCGGGGGCAACCUCACCACCCGAUCACGUCAAAACUCCUAAUAAAGUAUAUGAAGUAUUCCAUACGCCACCCGAGAAUGCAAAUGCUUUACCAGACGGUUCGGGGCAGAAUACUGCGGGUGCACAUAAAGAGACACCUAGCUUAGGAGCGGCGGUUAAGACGGUACGAUGGCAGGAUUUCGCGCAAGUACAUAUGUAUCCAUGUGCUAGGGAGAGUUUUAUUACUGGAAUUGGUGGGGGUUUUGCGAUGGGUGGAAUCAGGGCUGUAUUUGGGGCACCGAUACCAAAAGCUGCGAACUGGGCAGUGGGGACCUUUGUGUUCUCUGCAUUUGGAGCCUAUGAAUUCUGUUUGUACAAGAGGCGUUUAGAACAUGCACAUAUGAAGCGUGCCGUUGAGAUCAUUGAUAGGAAGAAAAUAGAGAAAGAAACCCAAGCAGAAGAGAAGAGGAAAGAAAGGCGAAGGAUGAAGGAGGAAGCAGAUAAGAAGGUCGAAGAAGCAGCCAAGAAAUCAAAUUGGAAGUUUUGGUAA